AAGCCGAAUGUUGCCCUUUCGAUGUGUUGCUGAUGCAUUGGCGAACAAUAAUUCCGUGGAAAUGCUGAUGGAGGACCCGCUGCUGUUGCCGAUGGGUUUGGUGGCGCCAGCGCCGCCGCCGCCACUGCCGCCAUCGCAGCCGGCGGGAGCGCAUCAAACGCUGCCCGCCAGCCUGAAGCAUCAUCCGCACACCCUGCCGCACCAUGGAGCGCGCGUCGAGCUGUUGGACAUUCCGAGCAAGAAGCUAAAGGCAGCCGCCUUGGAUAACUACUAUCCGCUGGACCUACAGCACUACCAGAUGAUGUAUGCCCAUUGCAUGCAGCACAGGGAGCGGGAGCGGGAACGGGAGCGUGAGAGGGAUCGUGAGAGGGAGCGCGAGCGGGAGCGAGUCGUCUCACAGCAUACGCUCUCGAGCAGCGCCUUCCAGCCGUGGCACGCCGUAAAGCCCACGGCCAGCGCCUACCUGCAGGCGUACACCGCCCUCUCCUCGCUGCCGUAUGCCUGCCAGGAGCCGCCGGAGCUGCAGAAUCCGGAGCGUGUGGUGAGGAGCACAGAUCGCGAGCGCUUCGAGCGCACCUAUCAGCCCAACGUGGCGCUCGCUCCGCGCAAGAGCAUCCUGAGCAAGGAGCGCGAGCGCCAGCGCGAGCUGGAGCAACGCGAACUGCAGCUGCACAUCAAGCAGGAGCGGGCAGCAACGCCGCCGGCCGGCAUCAGCGAGCGUGAGCCGCCCAACGGUAGCCAGAGCAGCCACAGCAAUCACAGCAACAGCAGCAGCAACAGCAACCACAGCAACCACAGCAACAGCAGCAACAGCAGCUCGCCCAUGCCGAAGGCGGCGCCUGUUGUUGUCGCCCGUCAGGUGCCGGCCGAGGAGUUCUCGGCGGGCAGCAAUGAGAUUACCUCCUCCACAUCGCCGGUGCCGGCCGUGGCGGCAGCAGCGCCAGCAGUUGCUGCCAACCAAGCGGCAGCAGCAGCAGCAACAGUUGCCGUCGCUGCAACGCCGCUGAGCAACCACAUCAUAGCCACCGUCAAUCAGCAUGCCAAGCUGUUGCCCAGCAGCAGCAAUCACAAUGAACCGAGUCGCAUUAGGAUCAACAAGAAUCUAAUGAGCCAACCGCCGCCAACAGCCGCAGCAGCAGCAGCAGCAGCAGCAGCACCAGCAACUACAAUUGUGGCAGCACCUGCUGCGGCGGCGGUGGCAGGAGCAACUGUUGCUGCUGUGCAACCCAUCUACUACAAGGCUGGCUACUCGCCCACGCAGUCUUCCAGCGCAUGCCUCAAUCUCAGCACGCACUCCUCCAAUGUGGUUAGCUCGCCCCAUGCCAAGCAGCAGCAACAGCAACAGCUGCAGCUGCAACAGCAGCAACAACAACAGCAGCAGAAGCAGCAGCAGCAGCAACAGUUGCCGGUGAAUGGCAAAUCACAUUUGGGCAGCGAGUUUGAGCUGUCAACGGAUACGGAUGAUGACAGCCUCCAUGGUGAGCCGGACAGCAGCGCGAUGCACUUGCCGCCGUGGGAGCUGGCGGUGGAUGCGUUGCGGGACACCAGGUCGAAGGAUCGGGAGCGUGUGCUGCAUCUGUUGCAGCGACUGUUGCACGAGAAUCAAAAGUAUCGCGAGUCGAAUGUGCAGCUGAGCGAGCUGCUGCACAAGCGGGAGGAGGAGAUUGGAGAGCUGCGGGAGCAGCUGCAGCGUUGUCGCCGCCAAUUGGAGACGAUGGACAAGCUGCGUGUGGUGCCAUUGAAGCAGCAGCAAACGUUGCUCGAGGAGGAGGAGGAGGAGGACGACGACGAGGAGAUGGAGGAGCUGGACGAUGAGGAGGAGGAGCAGGAGCUGCUGUUGGGCGCCAAUGAAGCCGAUAGCAAUGAGACGCUCAAUCAGGAUCAGGCCAACAACAACAACAACAAAGUAAUUAGCUCGCUCAACUGUUGCGCAACGGUUGCGCAGCAAAAGCAGACGCAGCAAGCCGAGGAGGAAGAGGCGCCAGCCGGCAAGCGUCUCAAGCUGCAGACGAAUGGACAUGCCCAGAGUCCAAGUGCGAGUCGCAGCAGUGGGGAGGAGGACGAGGAGGAGGAGGAGGAUGAGGAGCUGGAGGAGCAUGAGCACAAAAUGGCGCUGGCUGAGCGCACGGCGCAGGCACCGCACAGCAGCGCCCUGGCUGCGCCGCCCACAGCGACCACGCCUCAAUCGCCCGAUUCGGCUGCAACGGCUGGCCAGCUGUUCGAUGGCAGCAACAGCAGCGUAGAGACGGCCAUGAAGAAGGCGCAGAUAUGCAGCGAGGAGGAGGAGGAGGAGGACGACGACGAAGACCAGCAGCAGCAGCAGCAGCAGCAGGAGGCAGAGCAGUUGACGCGAACAGAACAGCGACAGCAGCAGAAGCAGUCCGAGGAUUCGGAUGAUGAUGAGAUGCCGUUGCAGCAGCGCCAGCAGCAGCAGCAACUGCAAACACAACAACUGCAGCAGCAACAGCAGCGACGUCAGCGUCGCGAAGCCGCUGCGCUGCCAGCGGCAGCAGAGGCGACGCCAGCGCCAGCAGCGCGACCUAUUUUAAUGGCCACCAAAGCGAGCAAAAAGCAAACGCCGCCAAUUACAACAACAACAACAACAACGAACUGCGAAUUACAAAUCAAAAAGGAAAUUGUCUAAGCCGCACAACCUCAGCCCCGCGCCCCCCCUUCAAAGCCCUGCCCGCCAGCUGCAAACGCAUUGCAAUUAACACUUAGAACUUAGCUCAUAUAGUCGUCUCUUUCACACACACACACACACUAGGCAUAGUUUAAGAGUUUACAGAAAGCAAAUGAAAACAGAAACAGAUAAGAAAACAGAAUUAUGCUCAACGCUGCUUAACGCACAGACAAAAUUGCUAAAAAAAAAAAAGAACAAAAACAAAAGCGAAAACGAAAACGAAAACUCAACGUUUUUCAACACUUUCUCUAAAACCAUUUUUUAUUUGUAGCUUGUUUUGAUCUCACGUAUAACACAACAAAUUUGUUAGGCUUCCAAAAACAAAAGAAAACGCUCGCUGUUCUUUAUGAAAAACAAAUUCAUAAAAUAAAAUAAAAUAAAACAAAAAAUUUAAAUUUAACUAUUAACAACUAUUUCUAUAAUUUCUUUACAAAAAUUUCUUCAACUCUGCUGCAGAAAUUAUGAACAUUGAAACCAAAGCUUUAAAUGAAUAA